AUGGUUGGUAGACGACAAUGGAAUGCUGAUCAAGGUGCUCGGCAUCGUGGCUCUCACAUCGGUGAAGAUGCACGCCCUCAAUAUGAAGAUGGUCCUCGCGAUCUCGAAAACGGUCGAUACUAUGAUUACGGCAUCGGAAACAAGGAUUCGCGACCGAAACCUCGGAUUAUGAAGUUUCAGGACGCUGCUAGAACAGCUCUUGAAGACGCUCGUCGUGGCGAGAUCAAACGCGCCCUCAUGCACGGUAUCGAUCGAUCGGGUCUGGAAAAGUAUCGAAAGUCGGACGAGGAACUCAAACAGAUGAAGAACAAGAAGCUCCGCCAAUUCUAUGAACAACAAAAUGAACGGUUGAACGAUUGGUUGGAGGUCGACGCGGUUGUUAUGGCCAUUGCCGACGAUGUUCUCGAGUCGAUGAAUCCGGAUCCUGACCACGACGGUGAUCAGGAGCGCUGUGGUGGAAUUCAGCGUGUGGAGGGUAAUAUCGGAGAGUUGUUGCCUGACGAGGAGAAGGAAAAGAGACGAAAGGCAGCCAAGAGGGCCAAUCUCGCCAUCAACAUUAAUGUGAUAGCCAACAUUCUUCUUCUGGCUGGUAAAGCCUUCGCCGUAUUCACCACAGGGUCUCUCUCCCUUGUCGCAUCGCUCGUCGACUCGGCGCUGGACCUUCUCUGCACACUCAUCGUAUGGUCAACAAGUCGACUCGUCCUUUGGAGGUUGCAAGCGAUGCAGCGUCGAUUUCCCGUUGGUAAAAGACGUCUCGAACCAUUGGGUAUCCUGGUAUUCUCCAUCAUCAUGGUCAUUUCUUUCCUGCAGAUCCUCCAAGAGUCUCUCUCCCGUCUGAUGCCUCCACAUGCUGAAGCCGAGAUUCUCAGUUGGGCUGCUAUCGCUUCGUUGCUGGCGACGAUUAUCCUCAAGGGGGCUAUUGGCCUUGGAUGUCGACCUAUCCAAUCCAGUCAGGUGCAAGCGCUUGUGCAGGAUUGCAAAACCGACGUUAUCUUCAACACUCUGUCACUGCUCUUCCCCUUCAUCGGAUACCGCGCCAAUGUUUGGUGGUUGGAUCCCGUCGGCGCCGGUCUUUUGUCUAUCUUCAUCAUUUACGACUGGGGUCAUACCUGUUUCGAGAACGUUGUACGCCUCUCGGGUGAAGCAGCCGACGACCACACCCUCAAGAAACUCAUCUAUCUCGCAUACCGUUUCGCGCCUGUUGUAACAGGGUUCAAGAACGUAACAGCAUACCACGCAGGCGAUGGUGUCUGGGUCGAAUUCGAUGUUUUGCUCGAUGAAAAGACUCCAUUGAAUAGAUCGCACGACAUUGCUGAGACGUUACAGUAUUGCGCUGAAGGUUUGGGUGAGGUGGAUCGAGCGUUUGUCACAACGGAUUACGCAGCUUCGGGACCGUUGGGACAUGCAACGGAUUCAGAGUGGAAUCACUAG